AUGAAAGCUGAACCUCAAGAACAACAGUCAGGCGCAAGUUGCGGGUACCAGCAAUCAUACCCGGCAGUGAAUAGCACCACAGCUAACGCAUCAGCUUCUUCUACUCAGGUUGCCCAGGCUGUUGACCUAGAGAAACUUGAACAAAGACGUCGGCUAGAUGAGAUCGUCAAGGAUCACAUUGAUGACUUUGGCAUUGUUUAUGACCGCCCCGGCCCUGAGAUUCCUGGAGAUUCUCCCGAUGGCUCGUGGAUGAUGGCCGGCGGGCUCGUAACUGACCCCCUUCAGGUUCAGGGAUUGUGGGACGUUAGGAUGUCUACUUCAAGCCUUUCGUCGUCAGGAGAAGAUAACAACAAUGAUGAACGCAAAGUCGCAAGUCAAGAAAUCUCUAGCUUAGCGGAAGCUUCAACUUUCCAGGGCGAUAACCGUGCUACGCUACCUAAUGACAUACACAACACUGUAAAGACUUCGUCUUUCGACCCAUCCACCGCGGCUUCCCCGCCAAUGCCGAAUACUAUGCAAGCCUGGGGACGCCAGUCUAGCAAUCCCGCCCAUCCUACUCAGAUCAGAGGUUCUUUGCCCCCUCAGUACUUUGAUCGAGUCACGCCCACGACAUUCCGCGGCGAUUCUCAAAUGGACGGUCCGGCCCAGGAAGAGGCCGAUAUAGACGGAGACGACUAUUACGCAGGUCCUGUUAACGGAAAUCCUUUUGGAACCCCGACGUCAUACUCCACGGCCCAGCCGCAAUCGCAGACUCAAUCGGGCCUCCGACCGGCCUCACCUCCCAUUCCGCAGCCCAUUGACGAUCUUGUUGUUCUUGUCGGUGUCCCGGGAGUCGGCGUACCCGGCACGUCGUCUUCUCGCCACUGCCAGGGACGAUGUAUCAACCGAGAGUUCAGUCUCGCCGAGGCCCUUGCAAGGGAUCGUAUGGUCUUAGAUAGGGAGGAGGAAUUGUGGACUAUGAUGAUGGGGUUUUAA